GACACGGUACAUUGAAGAACACUAUCAUUACCCGCCCGGCCGUGGCUUGAUAUAUAGUUGGCUUCACUAGUACUACAAGUGUUACAGCACUUGUGAGUUACUUCGCCGCAUAAAUUGACCGUCUUUUAGGCUACCGUGACUGAGGAGGUAUACCUAUGGUUUUCAUUAUCAACGCCUUUCAACCCACACGGGAGAGUAUACCCCCACCAAACGUGAGCUACCAGCAGAAACAGACUAGCGGACUUCCUACUCACUUACACCCCCUUAACCCAUUCCCAUUUAUCCUUCGUGCUGCCACCGUAUACCCCGACAAAUUAGCUCUCGCACACCCCGAUGUGGAAUACCCCACCUUCUUCACAUAUCGUAUAUGGGCUCAGCGCAUUCAGAAUCUGGCAUACGCCCUUAUCGAGGCCGGCAUCCAACCAGGUGAUCGUGUAGCAGUGCUGGCACCCAAUUCACCUAUGAUCGCAGAUGCACACUAUGGAAUUCUUGCCGCUCGCGCAAUUAUCACUCCAAUAAACACCCGUCUCACUCCUCCGGAGGUGGCCUAUAUACUAGAACAUUCCGGCUCUAAACUUUUGUUGAUCGAUAGAGGACUCAUGCAACUGGUGCAAGGACUCAAGAUCCCUUUCAUUGUUAACAACGACACUGGGAGAAUCGGUGACCCAUAUGAAGAUUUCCUUAGUGCUGGGCGAAGAUUCAGUGCUGAAAAAGGCUGGGCAGGGUUAGAUGUGGAACUUGACGAGGGUGCUGGAGCGGUUUUGUGCUACACUUCAGGAACAACAGGUCGACCAAAAGGUGUACUCACAACCUUGAGGGGUUCUUAUCUUGCAGCCAUUGCCAACGUAGUGGAGGGACAGAUUAGCAAGGAUUCGACAUAUUUAUGGUGGGCCUCAAGCCUUGCUUAUCCUCAUCCGUUAUCUGAAGGCAAUGUCCUACUCAAUAACAGGAUCCUUCCCAUGUUUCAUGCCGCAGGAUGGACGUUCCCAUGGGCUAAUGUAUUUGCCUUCGCUACUCAGAUAACGAUGCGGACAGUAGACUACUCUCAGAUCUGGAAACAUUUUCUCAAUUCUGGAGUGACCCACUAUUGCGGUGCACCCACUGUCCAGAUCGGCAUAGUCAAUAAUCCAGCAGCGAGACCACUGCCGCGAUCGAUAUCAGCUAUCAUUGCUGGCGCAGCGCCUACUGCUCAUCUCAUCGGCGAAUUAGAAAAAAAAGGCAUUCAGCCCGUACAUGUAUAUGGCUUGACGUAUACUUACGGCCCUUUUACUCGGUGCUAUGAUCAACCUUCCUGGGCUUUGCUUUCUCUAGAAGAACGUGCCAAGCUCAUGGCUCGCCAAGGCCAAAGUUUUGCCACUGCCCAAGAAGUACGCGUCGUAUAUCCUCCGAAGUCCGAGGACGACCAAGAAGUCGUAGAUGUUCCCAAGGACGGGAAGACGGUCGGCGAAGUGGCAACUAGAGGAAACAUAGUCAUGAAAGAGUAUUUCCGCGACCCGGAGGCUACGAGGAAGGCUUUCAGAGGAGGCUACUUCCAUAGUGGUGACCUUGCAGUGAUGCAUCCCGAUGGGGUGAUAGCUAUCAUGGACAGAAGCAAGGAUAUCAUCAUUUCUGGGGGAGAGAAUGCCUCGAGUCUCGCCAUAGAGCAAGAGCUCGCUAGUCAUCCGCACGUGCUGGAAGUGUCAGUAGUAGCGCGGUCACACGUCAAAUGGGGCGAACGGCCAAUGGCUUUUGUAACACUGCGUCAGGAACAUGUGUCUGCUUGGAAAGGCAAGCACAAUGUUUUUGGUGACGAGCUGAAGCGAUAUGCAAGGACGCGUUUGCCCGGUUUUGCAUGUCCUGAAUGGGUUGAAGUUGUCGAAGAGUUGCCUAAAACCUCGACGGGCAAGAUUUUAAAGACGAAUCUGCGUACGAUAGCUGCCAAGCUCUAGAUCCUAGAUCUUUUGUUGUGUUUACAACUGGAUGGCUCUAUAUAUCGGACCCUUAAUGCUAUCCUCGAUGCUAUCACACUGUUUUGUUGCUAAAUGUACACAACUUAGAGACAACAAUAAGAACACUUUUGAUGUC